UUAUCGUCAACAACGGCAUUGAAUCAAAACACCAACUCCUGAACCCGAAAGAGAGAAUCAAGACUUUUCAAAAUGGGGGCUGCAUCCAAAGUGAUCCACAUCAUCCUCCGGGUGUUUGAGGUGAUUUGUUCAGUCAUCGUCCUCGGCCUCGUCGCUCGCUUCCUGCAUCUGGUCUCCCAGGCAGGAGUCUCAGUCGAUUCUCGCAUCGUAUAUGCCAUCAUCACGGCUUCCAUCAGCACUUUAUUUGCGCUUGUCUUUAUCGCACCGUUCAUCUACGCCUACUUGGCCUUCCCGAUGGAUGCGAUCCUGUUUGUCAUGUGGAUUGUUGUCUUCGGCUUGUUGACUUCGCGCACCGGCUCGGCCAUGUGUAACGCUUCCUGGUAUUGGAACUACUGGGGAUACUACUGGGGCGGGUGGUGGCGUGUGCCGGACCUCACAGUCUGGGAUAGGGGCUACGGCGGCUGCGCGUCCUGGAGGGCCGUUCUGGCCUUUUCCUUUUUGGCUGCCAUGGCCUACCUCGUCAGCACCAUUUUGGGAGCGGUUGUUGUGCAUCGCUACCGCCGCAAGAACUCGCCCGUGACAACAAGAGACAUCUCGGCUCCCAUUCCACAGUCUCCUGCCCCAGGAAGACCCGAGACAGCCCAGGUCCAUGAUCCAAGGGCUCCUCCAUCUGCCCUUGCUCAGCAAACAAUGGGCACUGCUGUUGAUGUUUAGGGAUUCAAGGGUAAUAGUUUGGUUUGGUGGAAACUUCUGGGCAACCCCAUCCAGUAUCAUUCUGGUUGAUACUUGGGACGCUUUCGAUUAAGGUGGCUAAUGAAGAGGGAGAUUGACAACUCAGCUACAAAAACAACUGGUGGAUGGUUGAAGAAAAAAAAAACUAUCCAAAGUUGCAAGACCUUGAUAGGAGCUAAAAGAAUGGAGCUGCCCAAUAACAGGA